AUGGAGAUUGCGCAUUUUUUGUUCGGAAUAUUUGGAAACAUCACUGCCUUAUUUCUCUUCUUGGCCCCAAUAAUCACAUUCAAGAGGAUCAUAAAGAAUAAAGGCACAGAAAAAUUCUCAGGCGUUCCAUACGUGAUGACGUUGCUCAACUGCCUCCUUUCUGCAUGGUACGGCCUUCCCUUUGUGUCUCCAAACAAUCUUUUAGUAUCAACAAUCAAUGGCUCCGGGGCGGCAAUCGAGCUCAUAUACGUGGCCAUCUUUCUCAUAUAUGCGCCCAAAAGGGAGAAGGCUAAGAUUUUUGGGAUCUUUUCGUUCGUGGUCUUAGUUUUCUCAAUCGUGGCCUUGGUUUCCCUUUUGGCCUUGAAAGCUGGCAGCACCAGGGGGAUGUUUUGUGGGUUUGCUGGGAGCAUAUUCUCCAUCAUCAUGUAUGCCUCGCCUCUAUCAAUUAUGAGGACUGUGAUUAAAACUAAGAGUGUCGAAUUCAUGCCAUUUUUCCUGUCACUGUCCGUGUUCUUGUGCGGGACUUCUUGGUUUGUGUUUGGGUUGCUCGGACGUGAUCCUUUUGUUUUUGUGCAAAAUGGCCUCGGCUGUGGUUUAGGGCUCGCGCAGCUGAUCUUGUACUUUAUAUACAGAGGUAACAAGGCUACUGCGACCGUCGAACCCAUUGAUAUAGAACCUGCGGAGACAGGACUCCCCAAGGAAGACAAAGAUCAAAGCCAAUCCAAUGUAAGUGAAGCUCAAGUAGAUCGUCUAGAGGUCGUGGUCGUCUAG